UUCCCUCCAGCGGCAGGCAGCUUCAUUUUCUGAUCUGCUUUGUGCUAAAAUGGAGGCUGGCCUCUCACCCUGAGUGGAUCGCCUUCCUGGUUGAGGUUUACAUGUUGACAUGCAAUAAAUCUGCAGACAGAAUGGUUGUGGAUGCGCCUAAUUCCAACGGGCCUUUUCAGCCGGUGGCCCUGAUGCACUUCAGAGACGUGGCCCCCGCGGAGCAAGAGAAGCUAUUCAUCCAGAAGCUGCGGCAGUGCUGCGUCCUCUUUGACUUCCUGUCCGACCCGCUGAGUGACCUGAAAUGGAAGGAGGUGAAGCGGGCGGCACUGAGCGAGAUGGUGGAGUACAUCACCCACAAUAGGAAUGUCAUCACAGAGCCCAUCUACCCGGAGGUCGUUCACAUGUUUGCCGUGAACAUGUUUAGAACACUGCCUCCUUCCUCCAAUCCCACGGGAGCUGAAUUUGAUCCCGAGGAGGAUGAGCCGACACUUGAAGCGGCGUGGCCACACCUCCAGCUCGUCUAUGAAUUUUUCCUUAGGUUUUUAGAAUCGCCUGACUUUCAGCCCAACAUAGCAAAGAAAUACAUCGACCAGAAAUUUGUUAUGCAGCUUCUAGAACUAUUUGACAGUGAAGAUCCCAGAGAACGAGACUUCCUCAAAACGACUCUUCACAGGAUCUAUGGGAAGUUCCUCGGCCUGAGAGCUUACAUCAGAAAACAGAUUAAUAACAUUUUCUAUAGGUUUAUCUAUGAGACAGAACAUCACAAUGGAAUUGCUGAACUACUGGAAAUACUUGGAAGCAUUAUCAAUGGAUUUGCCUUACCUCUAAAAGAAGAGCACAAGAUUUUCCUGUUGAAGGUUUUAUUACCGCUACACAAAGUGAAGUCACUCAGUGUCUACCAUCCACAGCUGGCUUACUGUGUGGUGCAGUUUUUGGAAAAGGACAGCACUCUAACUGAGCCGGUGGUCAUGGCUCUCCUCAAGUACUGGCCCAAAACACACAGUCCCAAGGAGGUGAUGUUCCUCAACGAACUAGAGGAGAUUCUGGACGUCAUCGAGCCGUCCGAGUUUGUUAAGGUGCAGGAGCCUCUCUUCCGGCAACUGGCCAAAUGCGUGUCCAGCCCGCAUUUCCAGGUGGCAGAGCGAGCGCUGUACUACUGGAAUAAUGAGUACAUCAUGAGUCUGAUCAGCGACAACGCGGCCAAGAUUCUCCCAAUUAUGUUCCCCGCUCUGUACCGCAACUCCAAGACCCACUGGAACAAGACCAUCCACGGUCUCAUCUACAACGCUCUGAAGCUGUUCAUGGAGAUGAAUCAGAAGCUCUUUGACGACUGCACACAGCAAUUCCGAGCCGAGAAAAACAAGGAGAAGGCCAAAUCGAAGGAGCGUGAAGAAGCGUGGAUCAAGAUCGAGAACCUCGCCAAGUCGAAUCCACAGUUCUCUGUGCUUGUUGAUCCCUCUGACUUCAAUAGUCCCGUAGCAAUGGAGACGGAUGUUCCUUUGAUAGAAGAUGUUCAGAGGUUAAAAAAGACAGUUGAGGAAGGCGCGACUCAGCUGCAGCACGGCCAUUGGAAGGAUCGGCCCAUGGUGCGGCGCAAGUCUGAGUUGCCUCAGGACAUCUACACCACAAAAGCCUUGGAGACCCACCGCAGAGCUGAUGACAUGUUGACCACCCGCGAUGGACUCUAGAUCCAGCCACCUAACUGCCCAUCCAUGGCCAUGGACACCCCUCAUCCUUCCACCCCCGCCCCCUUUUUUUUUUUAACCUCCAUGUCCUUAGAUGUCGUCCAUUCCGGCUGACUCUUUGAGUGGUGCAGCACAUUGGGCCUGUGACCAGUACAUAAGUUCCGUAUUCACGUUCCUCAGAUUUCUGCUUUCUCAGGUUCUUUUGUUUUUGUUUGGAGAAGGACGUCCAUCCGUGUCCAUGUGUCUUUUAGCUCAUGGAGUUGUUUCCGUGUCGACUGACCUGUUCCUCCCACCACUCUGUCGCUGGAACCCAGAAACAAAACAACUGAGUGCACUGCGACAAUUCUCCUAUUCUUUCUGGGGAUGCGGAGCUGCAGGAACGCAGAGUGUAAUGGAUUUUUGUUCUCCCAACGCAAGGAAGACGAAGAUCAAAGACGAUAUUUUGUUGUUGUUCAUUUUUCUUUUCUGUCUUUUAACGGACAUCUUGUCAGUGCCAAGACUGUGGUGUGUUGUUGAUCUCAGAUUCAAACAGGGGCACUUGCCUUUGGUUUUGGUCAUUAGUGGGGUUUUUUUUUUUCUUUUUAGUGUAGCACACUUAACGACCAAACUCAGGCCUGUCAGUCGCCUUGCAAUGUCCAGGUAGGCAGCGAAGAAAGAUGACGUUGUCCUGUGGACAUCCGUCACUUUCGUCCAUUUCUUUAUUUCAUGUGCCAUUUGCCUGUUAUGUAUGCUUGCUUUCUUGUGUUCACAGGCAAAGUUUGAAAACCAGACGGCUGUCAUGCCCACUCAGUUCACACACACAAUGGUACUGCUGAAUGUGACUCCGGACCCCUAUAAACUUGGACAAAAGUUAAAAUAUCCAGAAUUGAUUGGUAAAAAGCUCCUAAUUUAUGAUUAAAAUCAAGCUCUAGUAACCUAGCUAGGUUUAGAGGCACUUAAUACAAAAAUAGAAAUACCAAAAAAUCCCCUUCGUCAAGCAUGUUUGGUCUGCCAAUGUCGGUCCAUCAGAGAAUGAGUACUUGUUGUUUCGACUAACGCAUCGAGCUUGUCCUGAUUUCUUCAUAUUUGUGUGUGCUAGUUGUCCCGUCCCUGCAGGUGAACUAGUUUGGCCACCCCGGCCCAAAAACCAGCCGUUGUCACACAGAUGCUGAACAGUGAACUGACAUUGUGACUUGGCUUGUUUGACUGUACUAAUAUUGUAUUUGCUUGAAUGCAAAAAGGUGUAAAUUCAAAAAGUACCAUGUUAAACAUGUACCUUUUACUCUGGAGGAAUGCCAUUCAACCAAACUUGAUUUCUCGUUUCUUAAAAAAAAAAAAAAUUAACCCAUGCUUGCUGGGACAUGAUCUUUUAUGGGUUUUAUGAGUUAUUUUAGUGCACACAAAAAGGGUCCUUUGGAUAAAGAGAGAUGAAUAAAAAUGUAUUUGGUGGCUUGUCUUUUCGCAGAUCUUUUCAUUUUAUUUCCAAAACAUAACUUAAGUGUCCUUUUGUAUGUGACCUGUACUAUAUGAUUCAUUUAAUAUUGUAUAUAUGAUUUACCUUGUUUCAUGUAGUGUUAUAUAUCUAGAUGAAUUUUGUACAAAUUUGUCCUGUACAGAAUAAAACCUCCAUAGCAAGUGAAAACGUAAAUUUGGCACAUCUUAUUUUAUUCUGACCGGCCCUCAAUUUGCUUAGCAGGAUGGUUUUGAAGAGUGUGCAUAUUUUUGCUGUUAAAUCCAUGUUCAUGUGUUCCAAUCACUGUUUAGGAGUGUGCAACUAUAUUGAAUGAAUAAAGACCGAAUUUGAAUAUAUAUUUUUAA